AUGGGCCAAGAGAAAUCUCUGCCCUCCAGAUGUACUUCCGCACAUGACUACCACCAUCACCACCACCACCAUCAUCACCAUCACCGCCACACGACAUCUUUGGCUUCGUCGACGGGAUCCACAUCUUCUGCUGCGCCAUCCCGCUCCCUUUCCACUGCUUCCACAACCUCCUCCGCAUCGUCCGCGUCGGCGGCAUCUUCGUACAAGAGCGUUGAGCGCCAGACCAAGUACUUGAACGAACAUUUGUACAUUAAGUCCUAUCUGGACAUAGAGGAAGAAGACCGGAACGCCAAGCUUCUCUUCCAGAAGGUUAGACCGGGUGGCAUAAGAAAUUAUACGCCAAAAAUCCUCUCGGAAAAUAACAAACAGGAUCUUGAUGUGUGGAUAUAG